AUGAGGGCCCAAGGUAGUAUUAAGUGUAACCGGUGGUAUUUCAAGUUUAAUGGAAAUGAAUGCAGUGGACCAAUAACGAUUGAGGCUGCUGUUUACAACUGGUGGCCAUCUGGAAACCCUGAACUGCUGCAUCAUCGGUCAUUUAAGGGGUACUGUGAAAACAUCCCACAAGGCACUGUUAGAGUGGAAUUAUGGGUAGGACCGUGCACUGGCCGAACCUUAGGUGAUGCUUAUACUGGGUGGAAUUUAGUGUCCCGGAUAAUGAUUGAAGAAGUAUCUAGGCCCCAGUCCUAAUAAGGGGAGUCUUUAAAUUUGGCGCUGUUUCAAUUUCCUUAGAACAGCAUUCUACAAAUAUAGACUGUAAAGCGCCAGGUGCAAAAGUAUUAUUGGUUUUCACAUGACGUCACCAAAAUUCAAACCACAAAACUACCGAUCCUACUGAGAUUUUACUUUCACGAUGCAUUAGAGCAGAUCAAAACUGAAUAAUUUUUCAUACAAAUUUUCGCUUUAAAAAGGUUCUUGGUUUUGUGAUAGAGUGCGCUGGAAUUUCUAAGCUAUUGCGUGACGCGGCAUUUACAUGACGGCCAAGAGAGCUGUCAGGUAGGUUAAAAAAAAUGACUUAUUUCAGGAAAUUUUGCUAUUUAAACAGUUCAUGUAUUAGAAAAAGUAUCACUUUAAUGUUCAUGAGUUUCUCAAAGAAUAAAUUCACGCUUUUUGUUUCUGUUGGUUUCCGACCGCAUAGACUACGAGUAGUCCCCCAUUUUUCGUCAAGGGAUAGUAGAGCGGGCGAAACGCGAGCGCGCGUGAAAAUCACCCCACGCGAGAAAAGGCGACACGCGGCGGGGAGAGAGAAAAAUGAGGGACUACAGACAAAGCCCAAGGUUUUGAACUAAUGCGUUGCUCUCACAACGCAAAACUCUGAUUGGCCCUUCUAUGGAAAUCUGUCAGCAUCUGUCAAAAACGCGCCAGCCGCUAUCAACACUGGACAUAAUCACAAUUUACAGAACAAAUAACAGCACAGAACAAAUAAUAAGAGUUGCUCUUGUUAAAGCAACUAAGCAGAAAGCCAACCCGGCAACUGAUGAAGUUCGCGUGGAGAACCGAAACCAUGGUCUUGCGUGAUCACAAAUUGGGGAUAACAGAACAGUCGCAAGGCUGUUAAGCUAAAUCAAUAGUUAUCACUUAGGGAGGAACUACGUGCUCCAGUCCAAAAACUCACAUUAUAUCCAGAAAAACAAGCGGCAGUUAAAAUUCAUGAGCAGUCAUGACUGAGUCACAUCGCAAUUCUCCGUAAUUAAUGUAGUUUUAGUUUAAGCUGCAAUCCAUUCUUCGAGAUUUGGAUAUCACUAUCCGUCCUGCUAACAAACCAUUGCAGGAAACCGUCACAUUCACGGCCAAAAAGAAACUCGCUUAAAAUUAUUCAGAUCCAGGAGUCAAUCGCAGGAGAAAUUAUUUAGCUGCAUUGAAGAGCUUUACUUUUCAAAAGAGGUCAAAGAAAAUGCUCUUGCAUCAGAGGGCAAAUAACCGCAGAAAAUUAAUAUGCGUGUCACAACCUCUCAGUAUGAAAUAAGCGGCAAAAAUCACAUUUGCUCAGUCAAAACGUUUUCCUCCAGAGCAUAAUCUACCUGUCUGAGAAAAAAAAUUCAUUGGAAUAAGCAGCAUUCUGGCAUGAGUAAAAGUCGUGCGUUGCCUACACUAUCAAGUUUUUCACGCAAAACAGCCGUGAAGAAAAUUAGUAUCUGUGUUUUCUUUUGCUUGCAAUAAACAUCCCCCGCAGUUUACCGAUGACAAGAGCAAUGACAGCUCGAUAAGGGAAGGGAUGCCAUUGGAUGCGCUUAAUUGAUUUGGAGGGGGAUACGAACUUCACACUCCAAAAUCAGUUGGCCAUGAAGGGUCAAAACCUUAGGCUUUGUCAAAGGGGGGAAUUUCAUAUAUCCCAUGAUGCUUCGCGCCAAAUUUCUGUCUUCUCUCCGCGGUGGAAAGAGAGUUCGAGGGUUUCGAGGGAGACUUUCAACGACCUGAAUUUCAAGAUGCAGCUCAUCCAAGGUAAGUUUCAAUGAGCCCUGUUAAUCUUUGGUAUCUUAUUAAUAAUGUAAAAUGGUUCCAUGGUCAUUUCACGCAUUAUUGCUCCCGUGUACGACCCUGUUAAGCCAUGCUGUUUUAACUCGUUAGUGAAUAUUUUUUUAGAUGACUUUCAAUCUUCGAAAACUGUCUUUAUAAUAGCAAGGUUUAGCCCUAAUAAAUUAUUUAAAUCGGCGGACAAGGGGUGCCUGAUACUAGUUCCACGCUCCGACCUCUUUCGACCUCGCGAUUUUUAUGGGUUUGAUUGUUUUGAAAUAUCGCGUUUUCUGCCCUUUCUCCGCUAAGAUGCAAGACGAAGGUUUCAAUUUCUUUAUGCUAAGUCCUGCGAAGAUUGGACAUUUUUUCUUGAAUUCGCUCUUUUUUCGCCGAUCAAAGCACAAAUAUUAUCUCUUGAGGGUAUGAUGAAUGUUUAAAUUCAAUGGUUUAUAGUUAUUAAUGAUUUUUUGUCUCAUUAUUUUAGGUAAAAUUGGUUUCUCUUGGUGGCUUCCGGUCGCAACCGCGCGUGGCGAACUUGAAAUAUACAGGCCAGCAAAUGUCAUGGAAUAGCAUGCCGUAGGACCUCAACCGGCGUGUAAAACCUUUUAAGACAUUUUGAUAAUUCUUUUAGGAUCCAUUGUAGCGAAGAAGUGGGUGUUUUUGUAUAUGUAGUUUGCCAUUUCUUAAUAAAGCUUUUUUCUGUUUAUGUUUGGCAAUGAUGCUUAGCUGGUGUUGUGUUACGAAAAAUAUAGAUAUGUCUUUGUUAUUUUUAUUGUUUGUUGGAGCUAUUUCCCUCCUUUGAAUUUUAUCUCCGAUAAACGUCACUUUGCACUUUAACGGUCUCGGUAUUUUCGACUACAUAAGCCGAGCUUGUUGAAGUAAAAGCAUGUGCGGUCACCGUACGGUUGAUGUACUCUGAUGUACUGCAUCGAGGAAUUAUUGAAGUGACAAUAUGAACACCGCGAUCACCAACAAGCAACGAAGAGAACUCUCACACCUAGAAUAUGUAUUUACUUCAAGACAAGUACGUGGAAAUCGCUUGUAAAUCCAUGGAGAGCUUUAUCGAAGCGCGUUAAAACAGGACGUACCGAAGGAGAGACCUUCCUCGCUAGCUUCUAAGAACAUUUGUGUGGACUCCGUUGCUAUCGUAAGGCUAGUUAACUCAUAAUCGGCGGCCGAAACACUCUAUUUGCCUUAACAAGAGAUAUAUUUGGAAUAGUAAAACGAAAAUCGUAAAUAGAUCGACACAGCAAAGGUACAGAAAGUCUUAUCGGCAAAACAAGUCGCUUUGCACUGCUGUUCAAUUGUCACGUCCCUGUUGAACUGAUAGCAUCACGUGCGUUCGGCAGCUUGAUAAUAUAGUAUGAAGCGAUGCAUCAUGGGAUAUAUGAAAUUCCCCCCUUUGGCUUUGUCUGUAGUCCCUCAUUUUUCUCUCUCCCCGCCGCGUGUCGCCUUUUCUCGUGUGGGGUAAUUUUCACGCGCGCUCGCGUUUCGCUCGCUCUACUAUCCCUGACGAAAAAUGGGGGACUACUCGUAGUCUACCGUCCGCAGUGUUGGAGCUCAUCCAGGUGAGCACCAGCAUGGCGUCUCCAUACAAACCUCUAUAAGUUUGGGUAAAACAUUUCUUCGGAUAUCUCGUAUACGAAAUAUUCCUCUGACCUGAAUCUUGGCGAUGGUCUUUGUAUAUGUACCUCCUUUCAUUUCCCAGAUUCUGGACUUCAUCUAUUGAACGGGUUUUGAUUUUUAUUUUGAUCUAUUUUGAAUGGCGUGACACUGAAAACCAUCAAUUGUCUUUGGAUAUUUUCUUUUUAGCCCUUUGUGGCUACUUUCGUUGUAUCAGAUUGUCAAUAGUAAACUAUAAUAACAGUAUCAAAAUUGUGUAUUAUUAUGUCGGCAUGUUAGUCCUGUGCAGCAGUUCUUUAUUUUGUCACGCAACGCUUCUCUAGCUGCUUUGUGGAGAGGCGCUUUUCGUGACGACAUAAUAAUCGGCUGAGCUCGAAGGGAAUUGGUCUUCCAUGCAGCCAUCCAACCUUUUUGUCUUGUCACGCACCGCUCCUUCUCGUUGCGUGACGCGACAAAAAUUGCUGUGACGGCGAGCGCUUGAUUGGCCAUGCUUACAAAAUAUAUCAUCCCUGAUCACUACUGCUGUAGGGGAACCCAUUCUCUAUUGGCGUAGCAUAUAUACCAGAUUGUAGUUCAAUGUUUUAAGUCUAUAGAUGAGCAGUCAAAGUAAAGGUCGUGAUAUUAUCUUUCAUCUCUACGAGAAAAAAAAAAAAAAAAUCUGCGGAAGAGGUAGCCUUCGCAUUUAAAAUAUUUCCGUCUGGAAAAUCUUUAAUCCAAUCCGGAAGUGAAAACGAUUUAAUUAAAUCGUGCUUAAUUAAAUCAAACGGCACGAUUCCCUUUGUAGCCAAAUCGCUUCGAGGCAAGACCAUUAUUAAAAGCGGAUUAGAUUUCGAGGAUUAAAAUCGCACCUUGGAAAAUUUAUAUCAAUUAGCUAGGAAGAUGAAUAUGAUGAUAGAAUAACUUGAUUAUCUAUAGCAUACGUGGCAAGCAUUCGAAAGGGAAGGGAAGAGAAUUUAAGAGCAAGACCGAGCGCGAGGGAGGAACGUGUUCUCCUUCCUCAUUCCUCGCGCGCCCUUCACGCUUCUCACGCACCCAAAAUCUCCUUUUCCUUCCCUCUGGAACGCCUGGCACGCAGGCUAGAUUAUCUCUCAAACAGUGGAAAAAUGGAAUGUUUUUAUUGGCAACAUUGAGAUUCUUGUCAAACCUUCGAAUUACCUUAAUAGCAUCUUUGUUUUAUUUUUUGUAUGUCAGUUUAGUUUGCUUCAAUGUGUCACUACAUUCAUAAUUAAUUAAAACUUUCAAUCAUUGUUUCAAUAAAAGACAGUAUCUUAUGGUAUGUAUAAAUCUUGUCCAUUAGUUUUCUUUUAAAGGGCCAAUUUCUGUAAAUAUUGAAAGUCCGGCGACAGUUUCACUGAUUUUCAAUUUCUUCAUAUUUUGCCCAAAUAAAGCCUUUAGUGAGUUAUUUUCGAAAAUAGAAGUAAAAGAUCCCAAAGCGCUCGAUCGAUAAAGGUUCCUUGGCCUCCCACCGCCAUUGAAAAUUGACAAAAAUAAAUGCAUUUUCUCUUCGCUCGUGCUGGUAAGCACAAUAACACCUAGCAAUGUUCUUUUGACAUAUCAUAGCACUUCAUUUUCUCUUUCUAAAACACUAGAUUACUUUUGAAAAGCUUUCAAAUUAGUCUUUGCUUCUGGCCGUUUUAGUUACCCCAGUUGAAGCGCGUGAGCUGCUACAGUUCGCGUUUCGUUUUUACAUUUAUUUAGUGGCACUAUAACUGAUGUAUCCAAUCCAUUUACCAAGAGUCUUUUAAAUGUACGGAAACUGACGAAGCAGCAGUAACAAUUUUGUUUCGAAUCUUUGAAUCCUUCGCUGUGAAAACGUCGUGAAAGAAACCAUGUGCUUCAUUAUCUGUAACGCUUUGGUGCGAGUUUCUCACUGUAUGGUAAGUUUUUCAGAGCUCCUACAUUUCAAUUUCUACCCCUGACAAGGUGAAGUUUUAGUAAGCCAUGAUGAGAUUGUGACUUGUUGUGUUGAUCACACAGCAAAAAAAGCCGAGUAAACUGAACUCAAAAUACUGAGAAUAUCAUUGCAUCCAGAUUGACCCAUUAUAGUGAGUAAACUCAAGCAGAGAUAUUGAGUAAUUAUUACUCGUUAAUACGAGUAAGUUUACUCAGAAUGAGUAAAUUUACUCACAAGCCUGAGUCAAAAUACUCAAUUGCUGAGUAAAACUAACUCAAAAGUAGAGGUAAAAUAACUCAAGACAAAUGCAUCCAAAUUGACUCUUUAUUUUGAGUAAACUGGUCUUUUACUCAUAAUACAGGUAAAAAAUACUCGAAAUUUCGAGUUAACUUUAAUUUCAUUCUUAUCCUGAGUAACAAGAAUAUACUCAACCGACUGAGUAAAAUAAAUGAUUAUAUUUACACUGUAUUUUGAGUAAAACAAAACUUAAUUGAAACUGCAUGAGAUGAACCGAUGCCUUGAGCCUGAAGUUUAAUUUGUAGUAUACAGAGGGAAAGUCUGGUUGUCCCCUAUACUGUAUCAAGUUUCAACACACACUGUAGUACUUAUAAGGUACUGAGUAAAAACGAAAUUCAUAUUAUAUUUACAAUCUACAUGUACAUUGCUUUGGACAUAAAAAUCUUUCUGGAGAUCUUCUAUAAUAUAAAACGGGUAUUGAUCUGUAGAUAUUAAGUAAAUGCCAAAAAUAAAAAAAAUUACAAACACUUGAAAUUAACAGCACGUGAUCAAAGCAUGAUGUUAAGUGGCAUGACAGAAGGCGGGAAAAACACUCUAGUUUUCCGUUUUGUACCUAGAACUCUGAAAAAAGAACAUAAACAUGGAGCCUCAUGCUAAAAAAGACAAAGAUUUAGAGAUACAUUGGCUAAUGGAAGAAAGUACUUUGUUAACAUUCAUUUCAGCGGUUUUGAUAAUUUAAGUGCAUACCCCCCCCCCCCCCAAAAAAAUCUUUUAGGCGGUAGGCUGCAGGUAGUCUCCCAUUUUCCGUUGCAAAGCUUAUACUCCGCACGUAAACCAUGCAUGCGAGCAGCGAGCUCGAGGCCGCAAGCCGCGAUAAGCGAAGGCGUAAGCACAAAAAGAAACAAUAAUCCUAAUCCGGCUCCGCCUCGGGAAACAAAAUUAAUUGUUUCCCUCGGGACCAGUAAUUAAGUGUUUAUUGUGGUCGCGGGCAUCAUGUUUUGGGCCUGACUAAGACUCAUUUCAGCUCGAGUUGCUAGGCGAGGGUUAAAAUUAUAGGACACAGAAAAAUGGUCCCUUUCCAGUGAAUAGAGGUCUCCCUUCAAUAGAGGCAUUAGAUACAUAAAUUAUGUGAACAUUUUUCCGCGACAAAAUUUUGUGUCACCUGAACGGAGGUGUCCCUUGACCUUGAUUAGAGGUGUCCGAAAGGAGAGGUUCCACUGGCCACUGUAGACGGCUUUUACAGUCUUUUUUAGGCUGUGCCAUUGUGGGCCUGGUGGAAGUGAUAGAGGCAUUCAUUUCUCCCGGCGGCAUUGUUCUUCUAGAAGAGCCUUUUUCCCUUCCCGUGAGGCAUUUGUGCGUUGUUUAUUUUGAUUUCAACGGACGAGCUGCGAUCUCUGGGGAGGAGAACAUUUUGUCGUCUCAUAAUGAGGAAUGAACGUAGUCGUUAAGUUUUUGCUAGUCAGUGCUCAUUUUGGUCCCAAAAAGGGGCGGCGUUAGAAUACUUGAGGAUCUUUUUGCAAAUAAGACCUUUAGCAACAGGUUUUUCAUGGAAAACCGCAAACCUCAAACCUGACCACGAGACCACGGCUUUUGCGGUCCUUUUUGCAGUUUGCAGUUCACGUUUGAACGGCAGGAAGGGCUUCCAGCGGUAAGUGACUUACGGCAAGGUUUUUUGCGACUAAAAAUUAUACAGCCUCACUUUUAAAGGCACAAGUAGCUUUCUUUAUCCGUCUACGAUGUGUUAGUUGGAGUUUUGAAUUUAAAUAAAGAAUUAUUGUAGUUUUUGUGCAAUAAAAGUGAUGCACUUCGACUUGACGAAAACAACAUGGCAACACUAAACAAUGAAUACUUUGCUAAUGUUUGAAAUCCAGGCAUUGUGAAACUGCAACGCGUAACUGUGAAUUGCAGUUUGCCGUUUGUGAUUUCCCAUGAAGAACCUGAGUUUAACUUUGGAAGAAAUCUACCUGCUAGAUGACUUAUCGGUCAUUACACAGCUGCUCGUUGCCUUAAUCGGCAGUAUGUUCGAUUUUAUUCCAGGAUUGUGCAUUCAACAAACUGCAGUCUUCUUCAGCGCUCAAAGUCUCAUUCCAAGGAAACACAAGAAUCCAAAAUCAUGGCAAAUGUAAUCGGUGGUAUUUCAAGUUCAACGGCAAAGAAUGCAGAGGACCAAUGACAAUUGAGGCUGCCUUGUACAGGAAUGGCCAUCUGGGAGUAUUGUACCAUCGGUCAUUUGAGGGGUACUGUGAGAACAUCCCACAAGGGACGGUUAGAGUGAAAUUAUGGGUAUGGCAGUGCAGUAGUGGCCACACGCUGGGUGAUGCUUAUACUGGGUGGCAAUCAGUGUCCCGGAUAAUGAUUGAAGAAGUAUCUAGGUCCCAGUCCUAA